AUGCCAGCAAGGACCCACAAUGACUCUGCCAAUGUCUCCUAUCAAGAGUUUCACCUCCUUGGCUUCCCUGGGCUCCAGGAAUCCCGGUUCCUGCUCUUCAUCCCCUUCUUCUGCCUCUACGUGAUGAUCGUUGCAGCCAACUCCCUCCUCAUCUACACGGUGAAGGUCGAGAGGAGCCUCCACUCCCCCAUGUACCUGCUCAUUGCUUUGCUCCUUGCCACCAACCUCUGUUGCACAACUACCGUCGUGCCUAGGAUGCUCCUGAGCUUCCUGUUCGAUGUCAGCCGCAUCUCCCUGACGGGCUGCCUGGUGCAGAUGUUCUUCCUCUACUUCUUCCUCAUGCUAGACUGCACCAUCCUGCUCAUGAUGGCUCUGGACCGGUACGUGGCUGUGUGCAACCCCCUGCGCUAUGCAGAUGUCAUGACCAACAAGCUGCUGAUCCAGCUGACGGCCAUGGCCCUGGUGAGGAGCGUCUCGUUCGUUAGCCCCGUGGUGAUCCUGGCCUCCCAGGUGCGGUACUGCCGCUCCAACAUCAUCCGGCACUUUGUGUGCGAGCACAUGGCCCUGAUUUGCUUGUCGUGUGGGGACGUCUCCAGGAACAAGAUUGUGGGGUUGACAAUGAGGUCCAUCACCAUCAUCUUUGACCUGGGUUUCCUCCUGAUGUCCUACAGCCGCAUAACUCAUGCGGCUCUGAAGAUGGCCUCUGGGAAUAUUCGGCACAAAGCCUUCCACACCUGCGGCACCCACCUCAUAGUCAUCCUCAUCUUCUAUUUCUCCAGCCUCUCCUCCUCAGUCGUGUAUCGAGUGGGGAAGUCUGUCUCCCAGGACAUGCACAACCUGAUAAGCGCGAUCUACCUGCUGGUGCCGUGCGCCGUGAACCCCAUCAUCUAUGGCCUGAGGACCAAGGAGGUCAGGCAACACCUCCUGAAACUGUUCAAGAGAAGAGGGUCUGUCUUCAUCCCCUUCAGAAAAGCAGCCCUGAACACGAAGGAGUAA